AUGAGUCAUUCACAAGCGCAGGAGAAUGGUCAAGAAGCACCUUCAGACAUCGAAAAAGCUCCUACCGCAAACGGACCACCGGCUGUGCCUGACGGCGGUUUGAGAGCUUGGUUAUGCGUACUUGGAGCAUGGUUGACCAUGUUCGCAACAUUUGGAUACGCCAACUCGUUUGGUGUUUUCCAAUCCUACUAUAUCAUCAAAUACCCUUCGGUCUCUCCAUCGGACAUUUCAUGGGUUGGCUCAGUGCAGCUUUUCUUCCAAUUUGCUUUCGGAGCAAUCACAGGACCUUUAUACGAUAAAGGCUAUUUCUACCAUUUGAUGUAUUCCGGUUCAGUUCUAUAUAUCAUUUGCAUCUUCAUGACUUCGCUGUGCAAAGAAUUUUGGGAAACCUUCUUAUCCCAAGGGCUCGGUUUAGGUAUGGGAAUAGGUAUCAUUCUCUUACCUUCUUUCUCGAUCAUGUCCCAAUAUUUCAACAAGAAACGAGCCUUGGCGAUGGGAAUAGCAGUGACGGGAUCAUCUGCUGGUGCGAUCGUCUUGCCAAUCAUGUUAAAUCGCCUGAUAACUUCCCACGGUUUCCAACAGGCCGUUCAAUACACUGGAUAUCUAUUGAUGGGUUGCUUGAUCAUUGCCAAUCUAUGUUUGAAACCUCGAUUACCCCCUAUAUCUCAUCCUACCGUCAAACCCUCACCGAAAGUGAUAUUCGCCGAUUUGCCGUAUUGUUUGAUAGUGGCAGGUCUCUUCUUUGUCACAUGGGGUCAAUUCUUUCCGAUCUAUUACUUACAAGUAUAUGGUGAAGAUCAUGGAUUACCCGAAAAACUCACACAAUACACCCUAGCGAUCCUCAACGCAGCAUCGAUAUUCGGACGGAUCAUCCCGAAUCAUCUCGCCGAUAGAUUCGGCUCACUUAACAUGAUUACCAUCUGCUCAUUUCUGACUGGUGGCAUGAUAUUCACGAUAUUCGGUGCAGGGUCGGUCGGUGGCUUAAUCGUGGUGGCGAUACUCUAUGGGUUUUUCUCCGGAGCAUAUGUCUCAUUGAUGGUACCUGCCUUGCUGGCUUUCGCGAAAAGUCCAAGUGAAAUUGGGAUUAGAACAGGUUUGGGAAUGGUGAUUUUCUCCCUAACCGCAUUGACGGGUACCCCGAUUCAUGGGGCUCUCCUCGAUAAAUACGGUUUCUACGCGCCUACCAUCUGGGCAGGCGUAGUGUGUUUAACCGGUUCGGCCUUCGUGGGGGUUGGAACAAAGUUGCAGAGGAAAAGAAAGGGGACUUGGAAAGUGUAG